AUGUUCAGAUUUAUAUGGAGAAAAAUCAUCAUGACAAGGACUUUCUUGCUGCUGGGAGUUCUUCUCAUGGUUGUUCAUCUCUGCAAAGAAUCUCUUGACCACACAGUCCUUCCUCUAGAUGUCAGAGUGGAAGGAACACCAGAAACACCAAUCACUUCUCCAACCCAUAUGUUCUCCUGGGCAACUUGUAAACAAAACAAGUCUGCUGCCAGCAUCGAAGGCUUCAGCUCACUUCCAGGUCACAUAAAAGACUUUUUAUACUACCGAAACUGUCGACAUUUCCCCAUGAUACUGGACCUUCCUGACAAAUGUGGAGGAGUUGAUCGAUCCUCUGAUGUCUUCCUUCUGCUUGUUAUCAAAAGCUCCCCACAGAGCCAUGACCGCAGAGAAAUACUGCGCAAGACCUGGGCUAAAGAGAGGUUACAGAACGGUGUGUGGAUCAGACGGAUUUUCCUCACGGGAAAGACAGGCUCUGGUUUUGAGACAAAAAGACUGAACAGAGUUCUUGAGCUGGAGCAUAGUCAGUACAAAGACAUUCUUCAAUGGGACUUCACUGACACAUUUUUCAACCUCACCUUGAAGCAGGUACUCUUCCUGAAUUGGAUGGAAAGAAACUGUCCAAAGGCGCGCUUCCUGUUAAAUGGUGAUGAUGAUGUUUUUGUGAACACAAACAACGUAGUCAAGUAUCUCCAAAGCCUGGAGAACAAUGAUGGAAGCAAACACCUCUUUACUGGCCAUCUGAUCCAGCAUGUUGGGCCUGUUAGAGAAUCAUGGAGCAAGUAUUUCGUUCCAGUGCAACUGCAGGAGUCAGACAGGUACCCUCCCUACUGCGGGGGUGGGGGCUUCUUUUUAUCUGGUUACACUGCUUCAGUCAUAUAUAACAUGUCUAAGUCUAUUACCCUUCUUCCCAUUGAUGAUGUUUACAUGGGAAUGUGCUUGGCCAAAGCGGGACUCAGUCCUGGUUCUCACAUUGGUGUGAAGACUGCAGGACUGUACAUUCCCUCCAGUGCUGUCGAUGAAUAUGACCCUUGCUUUUAUAAAGAAAUGCUUCUUGUUCACAGAUUUCUUGCUGCUGAAAUGUUUCUUAUGUGGCACAGAAUAAAUGACCCCAAACUGAAGUGCUCUGGUCAUACCUUAUACUGAUGAUCAGGUGAUGACAGAGCUUGUUGAUUCUGAAAACACCUACUUUUUUUGGUACAUGUGCUGCACUCCAAUCCAUCA